AUGGCGGAGGACACGAGAGAGGACGCUGUCGGGGCUGCGCCAGUGGGUGCCGGACCACCCGUGUUUCCAAAGGGCGUUGUUCUAGACAAAGACGGCAAGCCCUGCCGAUCAUGUACAUCUGGUGCCGCGUUUUCCGCGUGGGCGGCGCAAACUAAGCACAAAGUCAAGAGCGACAAAACCACCACAGCGGCACCGACCACGAAGACCAUGGCCACGACCGAACCCGCCCCCGACUCUCGCGCCGACUGCCCGCCCGACGUGGAGAUUCUGGGCCGCAGCUCGUGGACACUGCUGCACACCAUUGCAGCGACAUACCCGGACACGCCGUCGCGGACGCAGCAGGCCGACAUGCUGCGCUUCGUGGACCUGUUUGCGAAGCUGUACCCGUGCUGGGUGUGCGCCGACGACUUCCAGGCAUACAUGGCCCGGCGCGUGCCCAAGGUGGCGAGCCGCGACGACUUUGGGCAGUGGCUGUGCGGCGCGCACAACGACGUCAACCGCAAGCUCGGCAAAGAGGUGUUUGACUGCUCUAGGUGGCUGGAGCGGUGGAAGACGGGGCCCAAGGACGGCCGAUGCGAUUAA